AUGCCUCUGCUCCUUCUGCGGCAGGCGGCGGCGUCGUCGUCGUCGUCGGGACAGUCCAGGAUCGACCCGACCAAGGACCAGCGCACCACCAUCAUCGUCGCGUGCGUCUACGCCGUGGCGAUCAUCAUCCUGUGGAACAUCCCCAUCCUCAACUACAUCCUCUAUCCGUUCAAGCUGCUCACCGUCGGCUUUCACGAGUUCUCGCAUGCUGCCGUCGGGCUCUGCACGGGUGCCAGGAUCGAGUCCAUCACGCUCGAGCCCAACGAGGGCGGUGCGACGCGCAUGCGCGGCGGCAUCCCCUGGCUCACGCUCCCCGCUGGCUACCUCGGGUCGAGCGUGAUUGGUGCAGCACUGAUCGCGUGCGGGUUCGACGAGCGCGCAUCCAAGGUGGCGAGCAUCGUCGUCGGCGUCUUCUUCCUCUUUACGCUGUGGUGGGCGCGGCGCGACUGGCUCACCUGGGUCCUCAUCCUCGCCAUGAUCGGCUUAUUCGUGCUCUUCUGGCUCGUAGCCAGCAGUGUGGCGUUGCGGUACUUUGUGCUGUUUAUCGGCGUCAUGAACUGCCUCUACUCGGUGUGGGAUAUCUGCGACGACCUCAUCUUCCGCAAGGUCAACGAGUCCGACGCCUCGGCUUUCAGCAAGGUCGUCGGUGGCCCGCCGCAGUUCUGGGGCGUCAUCUGGCUGCUUAUAUCGAUCGCCUUCUUCGGCGCAGGCAUCGUCGUGGGCAUCCUCGCUUUCAAGACACCAGUCGCACAGCAGCAGGCAGACAACUUCCUCGACGUCAACCUGAGACGCCGCUUCUUCCUCGGCUACUCGCGCAUCUAG